UAACACCAUCAUGACAGGGUGUAGCAAUCACCGACCGCUCUACGCCAUGAAGGGGCAAAUUUAUCUACACAAGGAAAAAAAAAACACGAACAUUGAUCCUUGUUCUUUACUUGCGCCUUCGGUUUUCUCUCUCUUUCUCUCUCCUCCCCAAUCGGAUCGGAGCAGUCGCCUCGACUGGCGGGAGUCGAAAACCAGAGAUCCCAUUACAUAGAGCGUGAAGAUGAAGAUUUUCGUCAAGACUCUCAAGGGAACUCACUUCGAAAUUGAAGUGAACCCCGACGACACGGUGGUUGAUGUUAAGAAAAAUAUAGAGUCUGUGCAAGGGGCAACCUUGUACCCUGCAGGGCAACAGAUGCUUAUUCAUCAGGGGAAGGUUCUAAAAGAUGGAACAACACUAGAGGAAAACAAGGUUGCCGAAAAUAGUUUUGUCGUCGUCAUGAUAGCAAAGAAUAAGGGCUCAUCUGGUGAAGGUUCAACAACAUCAACUGCACCUACAACUAAGGUACCGCAGACAAGUGCGCCAGCCCCUCCUGCUGCCCCUCAAGCUCCUACCACAACAACGUCGUCGCCUGCACCUGUUCUUGUACCUUCGCCAGCACCUGUUCUUGUACCUUCGCCAGCACCUGUUCUUGUACCUUCGCCUGCUCCUGUUCCUGUUCCACCUCCAGUUCCUACCUCGGCAGUUGCUGCUGUGUCAGAGUCUGAUGUCUAUGGUCAAGCAGCAUCGAGUCUGGUUGCUGGAAGUAACCUUGAGGGAACAAUCCAGCAAAUUCUUGAUAUGGGUGGAGGGAAUUGGGAUAGAGAUACCGUUGUUCGAGCUCUUCGUGCAGCUUUUAACAACCCUGAAAGAGCUGUUGAAUACCUAUAUACUGGUAUCCCUGAGCAAGCUGAAGUUCCUCCUGUUGCCCCAGCCCCAGCGAGUGGGAUAGGUGCAAAUUUACCAGCUCAGCCUCCACAAUCAGCACCUGUUCCUUCAAGUGGACCCAAUGCAAAUCCAUUGGAUCUCUUUCCCCAGGGCCUGCCAAACAUGGGUACAAAUGCUGCUGGGGCAGGCACGUUAGAUUUUCUUCGCAACAGUCAGCAGUUCCAAGCUUUGCGAACUAUGGUGCAGGCCAAUCCACAAAUUUUGCAGCCCAUGCUUCAGGAGUUAGGCAAGCAAAACCCUCACCUGAUGCGGCUGAUUCAGGAGCACCAGGCUGAUUUCCUUCGCCUAAUCAAUGAACCUGUUGAAGGUGGAGAGGGGAACGUCUUGGGGGAUCUCGCUGCAGCAAUGCCACAGGCGGUAACAGUUACACCUGAGGAACGGGAAGCCAUAGAACGUCUCGAGGCGAUGGGUUUUGACCGAGCACUUGUUUUGGAGGUGUUCUUUGCAUGCAACAAGAAUGAAGAACUGGCUGCCAAUUACCUUUUAGAUCACAUGCAUGAGUUUGAAGAAUGAUGUUAUAUGGGCAAUGAUUUCAGCAUUUCUACCUCUCCCCUCUCCAUCCAUCUUUUCUUGGUAUUCUCUCUCUUCAUGUUUUUCCUUUGGUUCCCUUUCUCCUUUGAAUGCAUACACUUUAACCCCAGCAUAAACUUGUGGAGUUUCAUAAUGUCCGAGUGCUGUGAUAAAAUUAAAUGUCAAUAUAAUUAUAUCA